AUGGGUGCGAUACCCACAUGGGGCUAUGGGCCGGGUCAUUCCUCACAUCCCCCCGAGAAAGGCAGAGUCUCCGACCCUAGUUUCCCAUGCGGAUGCCCAAGACUACACCGACCACCGGACCCAGACCUUGGAAUACGUCCAAGCGGCCCCGGUGGCCCUAGACCGGAGACUGCGGACCCUGCCUCGGAAUACGUCCGAGCGGCCCCGCAGUCAUCCCAGAAAAUCCCUCCCCUGGGCGGAGCACCGUUCCCCCGGCAUGUGUCAAGCCAUGACGCCAGGAGCACCCAGCGACACGGCGACACGCCUGCGGGAACACCCGCGUCGUUACGGACAGGGAGCAGACCUCCCCCUAUCGGCGCCGCACCGCCGGGCGUUUGUAGUCAGGGUCGCCGCAUCCCCUACCGGCCCAUUGAGUGUGGAGCUCCCGAAGGAGAUCCGACACUCUACUGGGUGACUGGACCCAGAGGUAGAACCCCGGUACUGCCAUCAGGUGGUCAUAAGGACAGGGAGCCACCUCACGACAAGGUGGCACACCACGAGAGGGAACCUUAA